CUGAGUCCUGCUUAGGGACUUGGAGCUGUCAGAGAAGGCUGGGGAGGCUUGGGGCUACUAUUACUGAUGAGGAAUUUCUUCUUUUGGCUUAGAUUCCGGCAGAGUUCCUCUGUCUCGUCUUGCUGGUUGAAGGUACUGCCUUCUCCAAUUUUUCUCCAUCUCCUGGGAGGUAGCAGGAAAUCAGAACCAUGGUUGGGUUCAAGGCCACAGAUGUGCCCCCUACGGCCACUGUGAAGUUCCUAGGGGCUGGUACAGCCGCCUGCAUUGCAGAUCUCAUCACCUUUCCUCUGGAUACUGCUAAAGUCCGGCUGCAGAUCCAAGGAGAAAGUCAGGGGCCGGCGCGCACUGUGGCCACCGCCCAGUACCGCGGAGUGCUGGGCACCAUCCUGACCAUGGUGCGCACCGAGGGUCCCCGCAGCCUCUACAGCGGGCUGGUGGCCGGCCUGCAGCGCCAGAUGAGCUUCGCCUCCGUCCGCAUC